AUGGAGGAAAGUUCAAGCCAGUUUACUACAGAUAUUACUAUGGUAUAUGCUCAAAAUACAUUACAACAAAGGGAGGAUCUAUGGGUUGAAUUACAACAGUUGGGUGCACAAAUCAGUAACACAUGGCUGCUAUGUGGUGAUUUUAACAAUGGACUAACCACAGAGGAUAGAAUUGGGCAACCAGUUACAGCAAGGGAAAUUCAAGAUGAUUUGCUCAUGUUCUGCAGGGCAGACAUUGAAUCAAUCAGGUUACUUCAAGGAGUAUUUCAGAAGUUCUCUGCAGCUUCUGGAUUACAAGCAAACAAGGACAAAAGCUUUAUUUACAUGGAAGGGGUUGAUGCAGAUGAAAAGCAGGCUAUCUUGAAUACAUUGGGUUUUGAAGAGGGUACUUUCCCUUUCAGAUACUUAGGAGUGCCACUAUCAUCCAAAAAGCUUACUGUGCAGCAAUGUUUGCCCCUAAUUGAGAAGAUAACAGAUAGAGUAAGGUGUUGGUCUGCAAGACUACUAUCUUAUUUUGGCAGGCUUCAAAUGAUAAAGUCAGUAUUGUUUGGCAUUCAAACAUACUGGGCUCAGAUAUUCAUACUCCCUAAGAAAGUCAUGAAGAUGAUAAAUGCAGUGUUCAGAACUUUCUUAUGGAUAGGAGAGGCAACUAUCACAAAGAAAGCUCUGAUAGCUUGGGAACAGAUCUGUAGGCCUAUUUCUGCAGGGAGUUUGAACGUCAUCAACUUAUGCAUUUGGAACAAGGCUGCUGUGAUGAAACAAUUGUGGGCAGUUGAAAUGAAAAAGGACUGCCUGUGGAUAAAAUGGGUCCACAAUUACUAUAUCAAGAAGCAGGAUUUAGAACACAUGCCUACACCUAAGAAUGCAGCUUGGGUAAUCAGGAAAAUCAUUGAGACAAAGGAAGACCUGAAGAGGCAGCCUAUGCAGGGAUCCUUGUGUAAUAGACUGAAGAUACUACAACUGCAGGAACAAUUCUCAAUCAAGAAGACCUAUCUUUUGUUGUUGCCCCAGUAUCAGAAAGUCCAUUGGAGAAGCAUAGUUUUGCAGACAAAAAUUCAUCCCAGAUUCAAAUUCAUACUAUGGAGCAUAAAGGGAUGGUCAGAGGAGCUUACCUGGGCAAGCAGGAUGGCUAGAAAGAAGACAGGAAAAGCUGAAAUCACUAGCUAUGUGUUUGCUAUGCUCAUAUACAGUAUAUGGAGGGAGAGGAACAUGAUUCGAUUCCAGCAAAGUGCCUUUGAGGAACACAGAAUAUGCAGAGAAAUUGUCCUACAGUACACACAAGAGGCAGAAGAUAACCAAAGUGGCAGCAGACAUUGCAUAGUUUAG